AUGGGUCAGAUAACACAACAGAUUACAAAUUCUCAAGCACCAGGUGCCCUACCUAGUGCAACAGUAACAAACCCGAGAGAUAAUAAAAUUGUGAAUGGUGUGACAACAAGAAGUGCCAAAGCUGCUGAAAUUCUUGAAGAGGAAUCUGAGGAGGAAGAUCCACCACUUGAAGUGGAUCUUGAAAUCUUAGAAAACAAGACUCCAGCAGAUGAACCCAUUGUAAUUCAGCCUACUGAGCAAGAAAAAUCCAUUGCACCAAAGCCCAUCAUUAAGCUCCCAUUCCCACAAAGACAAAGAAAAAAAGGACAACAUGAGAAAUAUUUUGAGAAGUUCUUGGAGAUGUUCAAGAACUGGGAGAUCAAUAUUCCAUUUUCUGAAACACUUGAGCAGAUGCCUAUCUAUGCUAAAUUCAUGAAGGAUAUCAUUUCCAAGAAGCGCACCAUUGAUACUAACCCUGUUCUUCUAACUGAAACUUGUAGUGCUAUCUUGCAGGGUAUGAAGAUUCCAAUAAAGAAUCCAGAUAGAGGUUCGAUGACUAUUCCUUGCACCAUCGGAGAUAGAUCUUUUAAGAAAGCAUUGAUUUAUUUAGGGGCUAGUGUGACCCUCAUGCCGUUGUCCAUCUAUAAGAAACUCGGCAUAGGAAAUUUGCAACAUAUCAGGAUGACACUUCAGUUUGCAGAUCAUUCGGUAAAAAGACCCUUCGGGGUAGUUGAGGAUGUUCUGGUAAAAAUUGAUAAAUUUGUAUUUCCUGUUGAUUUUGAAGUUCUUGAGAUGCCGGAAGAUGAGGAGAUUCCUCUUAUUUUGGGUAGACCGUUCUUAGAAAUAGGAAGGUGUAUGAUAGACAUGGAGGGAGGUACCAUUACUCUCAAAGUCUAUGAUGAAGAGCUAAAAAUUGAUGUAAGAGACACUAUGAAACAUAAAGAAGACAUAGAGACAAGUCAUACUGUUGAAGUGAUUGAUAACAUGGUGGUGAAAGCCGUGCAAAGCCCGGUUCCUAAAUCUUCUUUAGAGAGAGUUCUUAGUAUGUCCGCACAAGAAAUAGAGGACAAUGAGGAUGAAACAGAGAGAGAAAUUCUUGCCAUAUUAGAUUCACACCAUCCUUGGUUGAAAUCCAAACGACACCGGUGGGAGGACCUGAGAAUUUCACCUGAAACUGAGUCAGAAAAGGAUGACAAAGCAGGUAAAAGUUCUGAAUUGAAACAAUUACUAGAAAAUCUUAAGUAUGUGUUUUUGGACUCUGGAACCAAAUGUCCUGCUAUUAUUAGUUCUGAAUUAAAUGAAAAGGAAGAGGAGAGAUUGAUACAGGUGCUGAAGAAAUAUAAAAGUGCUAUAGGCUGUGAUCUGAAAGGAAUUAGUCCCACAGUGUGCUUGCAUAAGAUACUGAUGGAUGACAGUCACAAACCAGUGGUGCAACCCCAGAGAAGGCUAAAUCCUGCAAUGAAAGAAGUAGUGAGAAAAGAGGUAGUAAAAUUGUUAGAUGCAGGAUUAAUUUAUCCUAUUUCUGAUAGCUCUUGGGUUAGUCUGGUGCAUGUGGUGCCCAAGAAGGGAGACACGACAGUGAUUCUAAACGAGAAGAAUGAAUUGAUUCUGACUCGUACAUUAACAGGUUGGAGAGUGUGUAUUGAAUACAAGAGGCUCAACACUGCAACAAGGAAAGACCAUUUCCUCUCCCUUUUAUUGAUCAGAUGUUAG